AUGGCCAGGCUUUCGAUUCAAGGGAAGCAAAGCGAGCAGGACCACAAGACAUCGCAAGAAACUCUGCGCGCCAUCAAGCGCCGCCGGGGCCGAGUGGCCGAUGCUGCUCAGCUCAUCGAGCAGUGGAAUGGUGUCAAAAACAACUUCAAGCCACUUACGCCAAUCACUUCGGCCUAUCGGCAGAAAGAUGUCGGCAUCUCGGGGGAUCCCAAAUUUCACGAGAUGAAGCACUUCCUCACCAGCCACCAGCACCAGGAUCGGCUGGUGGCUCGGUCAACGGGCAUCUCAGAGGGCGAUGAAUCUCCUCGGAAGGAGGGUGUAGAGAUCAUGAACCUCAAGGCCAGGCAGCUCGCCCUGGAGGCUCGAGGCAUGGAGAGCCCCGUGUCCAAGGGCUCCUCGAACUUCAUCGCAUCCCCCCGGUUUGCACUUACAGGCACGUCCAUCACGGGCUCAUCCCUGGCGCCUCCUCCUGCUGCAGCCUCUCAGUCUGGAGAUGCAUCACCACCCAAGAUCGAGUCACCUCGGAAGCGCGAGGUGAUCCUUGGACAGGAAGCUGAAGUGCGACGGCGACUGCAGUGGAGGGAGGAGCUUGACAGGAACUUGCGCCGAUUGAUGACUGACGUGGAGCUGGGUCGGGACCCGACCAUGAAGCACCACGGGCACAAGAUGGUGUGCGAUCAGUUCGACAGGCUCUAUGGCUGGUUCAAAGAUGCAGGAGACAAAGAGGUGGCAAAGGAGCAGCAGGGACCUGCUUUCGUCCGGUAUGACCCAGCCAAGCCCGUAAUGGCUGGCUCUACGAGAGGAAUGCCGAAGACGUCCGAGACCACGUUUGCCAGGGAUCGACAUUGA